GAGGCGAAGGCGGCGGCGGCGGCAGCAGAGGCGGCGGCGAGGCCCCCAUGGGCCGGCGGCGGGCCUCAGCCGCGGCCUCCACUUCUCCGCACGCCGGCGGGAUGGCGCCCGGGCCCCAGAGGAGCCGCGCUAGCCAAGGCCUGCUGCCGCGCUGCUGAGGCGAGCCCGCCAAACUCCCCUCCCCCUCCUCCGUCCUCGACCCCCCGCACCUCACCCCUUCCCCACCCCCUCCUCCGUUUCGGUCCCCGGCGCUGCUCCGGACCACUAUGACCAUGAGAUCCGCAGUGUUCAAGGCGGCCGCGGCCCCUGCCGGCGGCAACCCUGAGCAGCGACUGGACUACGAGCGAGCUGCGGCGCUGGGCGGGCCCGAGGACGAGCCCGGGGCGGCCGAAGCCCACUUCCUCCCCCGGCACCGUAAGCUCAAGGAGCCGGGGCCUCCGCUGGCCUCCUCCCAGGGCGGGAGCCCUGCGCCCUCCCCGGCCGGCUGCGGCGGCAAGGGCCGGGGCUUGUUACUCCCGGCUGGGGCGGCCCCCGGGCAGCAGGAAGAGAGCUGGGGCGGCUCGGUGCCCUUGCCCUGUCCGCCCCCGGCCACCAAACAAGCUGGCAUUGGGGGGGAGCCAGCGGCAGCCGGAGCCGGCUGCAGUCCCCGACCCAAGUAUCAGGCGGUGCUGCCCAUUCAGACGGGCUCUCUCGUGGCGGCGGCCAAAGAGCCUACGCCCUGGGCUGGGGACAAGGGUGGGGCGGCUCCCCCAGGUGCCACCGCCUCGGACCCGGCGGGACCCCCACCACUACCUCUGCCCGGGCCGCCACCCCUCGCGCCCACCGCCGCCGCUGGCACCCUGGCGGCCAGCGAGGGCCGAUGGAAGAGUACGAGGAAGAGCCCUCUCGGGGGUGGCGGCGGCUCGGGAGCCUCCAGUCAGGCCGCCUGCCUCAAACAGAUCCUUCUGCUGCAAUUGGACCUCAUCGAACAGCAGCAGCAGCAGCUGCAGGCCAAGGAGAAGGAGAUCGAGGAGCUGAAGUCAGAGAGAGACACGCUCCUGGCUCGGAUUGAACGUAUGGAAAGGCGGAUGCAGCUGGUAAAGAAGGAUAACGAGAAGGAAAGGCACAAGCUGUUUCAGGGCUAUGAAACUGAAGAGAGAGAGGAAACGGAGCUAUCCGAGAAAAUUAAACUGGAGUGCCAGCCGGAGCUUUCCGAGACAUCCCAGACUCUGCCUCCCAAGCCUUUCUCCUGUGGGCGGAGUGGAAAGGGACACAAAAGGAAAUCCCCAUUUGGAAGUACAGAAAGAAAGAUUCCUGUUAAAAAGCUGGCUCCUGAAUUUUCAAAAGUCAAAACAAAAACUCCUAAGCACUCUCCUGUUAAAGAGGAACCCUGUGGUUCCUUAUCUGAAACUGUUUGUAAACGUGAAUUGAGGAGCCAGGAAACUCCAGAAAAGCCCCGGUCUUCAGUGGACACCCCACCAAGACUCUCAACUCCCCAGAAGGGACCCAGCACCCAUCCCAAGGAGAAAGCCUUCUCAAGUGAGAUAGAAGAUUUGCCGUACCUUUCCACCACAGAAAUGUAUUUGUGUCGUUGGCACCAGCCUCCCCCAUCACCGUUACCAUUACGGGAAUCCUCUCCAAAGAAGGAGGAGACUGUAGCAAGGUGUCUGAUGCCAUCAAGUGUUGCAGGAGAAACUUCAGUCUUGGCUGUUCCUUCUUGGAGGGACCACUCAGUAGAGCCUCUAAGGGACCCAAAUCCGUCAGACCUUUUGGAGAAUCUGGAUGACAGUGUGUUUUCGAAGCGGCAUGCAAAACUGGAGCUGGAUGAGAAGAGAAGGAAAAGAUGGGAUAUUCAGAGGAUCAGGGAACAAAGAAUUUUACAGCGACUGCAGCUCAGAAUGUAUAAAAAGAAAGGAAUUCAGGAAUCUGAGCCCGAGGUUACCUCAUUUUUCCCUGAGCCAGAUGAUGUUGAAAGUUUGAUGAUUACCCCCUUCUUGCCUGUUGUAGCAUUUGGACGACCAUUACCAAAACUAACUCCACAGAAUUUUGAGCUGCCCUGGUUGGAUGAGCGUAGCCGAUGCAGGUUGGAGAUCCAGAAGAAGCAAACACCUCAUCGGACAUGUAGGAAAUAGCUGUGCUGGCAAGAACCUUCUGUCUUCAGAUAGUUGUAGCAUGCCAUUCCCAGAGAGUGGCAGAGACCUGUAUAUGUGACCGAUGUCCUCAUGUAUGUUAUCAUUCGCUGGUAAUGCCCUUCCAUACUCCCCUGAUCUUGGUUUUGUUUUCAUCACUCUGAUUUCACAAAUACUCUUUCACUGGGCUAAUUGUGAAUUAUGGAGGGUGAUUGGGAUUUCUUUUCCCUUUUUGGGGAAAUGAACUCUCAAGCUAAAUCUAUAGGAUGGCAGAUUUGGAAGCUUCAGGGGUCUGCUUCUCCACAUUUGCCUAUGUUAAAAGGGUGAAAGGGCUCUCUUCAUUAGACUUUUGGAAAAUGAAGCAACCCCUGCCUUUAGAGCUGUGCCUGCAUGGCACUCUUCUUGCCCUGGUAUACCCUUCCUUAUAGUUGUGAGUAUAGUGGUUUUUACCCCAAAACAAAACAAAACAAAAAACCUCACCAUGAGCUUAAGGACCAGAUGAGGAAUAACAAGUGACGUGAUGAAGCAAGUCAUCUUCACAGGGUAGAAAAGAGAUUGGAGAGUUAGUAGAUAAAUAUCUGAAAAGACAGUGCUCUUAAAACUAUCCUGUGAUAUAGCCAUGUGGGAAGGGAUGUUUGGCUGUGAUUAUUUUCUUAGUUAAUGGGUAACUGAAUUUCUUCCCCCACCCCUCAAAGAAUAAAAUCUUCUGAAAAGAGAAUGAGGAUGGUAAGUUUGGGACCAGUUUUGGCUCUAAACAAAAGCUGUGGUGUUUGGGGAUGGCAUGCCAGAUCCUGUAUAGAUGUCUUUGUGUCACAUCACUUCUCCAGUAUUCCUUAGUUGGGUUUUAUCCUUUUAGCUGAGCUCUUGGUGGUGGGAUAGAGAUUUAGGGAGGGUGGGGGUGUGUGUGGAAAUAUGUGCUUCCUUUGGCUGGCAAAUGUCUACAUCUUGAAACAAACAGAUGUACCUAAUGAGCUUCUCCGUUCAUUUUGUAAAAAUAGAUUUGUUUGUGUACCAUCUUAGUUCCCCCCUCCCACCCACCCCCA